UCGGCCGUCUAGUAACACUGUUCGAGACGAUAACUUGCAUGCGGUUUUUGCACGUUACUAUCUUCGUGGCGUGUUCUGUCACAAUGGAAUAAGUGUAUAAAUUCGACGUUUCGUAAACUUUUAAUAAAACGAACAUGUCAUCGUCCGAGGAGGAGAGUGAUCAAUUAACUGAUUUAGGAGCAAUCCGUGAUAAAAUGUUAUGUAAACCGCGACUGGAGGGUAUGCAAGUGAGUGGUUGGGAGGACGACGACGCUGGAAUAGAAGUUGAACGCAACCCGAAAAUGCCUGAUGAGCAAGAGAUUCUUCAUGCAGCUGAAAAUGGUGAUAUAGAGAAAGUCAAGAAGUUAGUAGUAAAAAAUCAGUCUUUGUUGGAGUGUACGGAUAAGGAUGGCUACACUCCACUUCACAGAGCAUGUUAUACCAAUCAUGUAGAAGUUGUGGAAUAUUUGCUGCAAGCUGGUGCAAAGAUAGAUGCUAGGACCACGGAUGAUUGGCAACCGUUACAUUGUGCAUGCUUUUGGAAUAAUGUUGAAAGUGCGGCAGUGUUAAUUGCAAAUGGAGCAGAUGUAAAUGCUAAAAGCAAAGGGAAUCAAACACCUUUGCAUUUAGUAUCUGCAAGCUCUCACAAUUCUCCUGCUUUGCAACUGCUUCUUCUGCAUUCAGAUACGGAUCCUACCAUAAUAAAUUCAAGCGGGGACACAGCAAAACAAAUUGCAAGCAGAACAGGAAAGUAUUAUCCAAUGUUUGAGAUAAUUGAAGACUGCUUAAAUAUUAUUUGAAAAACACAACAGGAAUUGUUGUAAUAUAAAUUUCAAUAAAAUAAUACUUAAGCGUGCCUUUUGUUUAAUAAAUGCAUAUGUAAUGUAGAACUGUCAUUGUAAAAACGAAACGCU